CGCAGUAAUGCGACCGCUUCCGAAGAGCGUAGUCGUCUUCGUGAUAGUUGUUGUUCAUUAAUAUUUCUCUCGUGUCAUUCAAAAAAAAAACUUCUUUUUUCAUCUGAAAAGAAAAUAAAAUUCAUCUCACAAACUAACAAAAUUUAAAUUCACAAUUUUUUCAAUUAAAUCUUUUUUUUAUUUUCAUCAUUUGAUUCGUGUUUUUGUUGGUCUUUUUGGGGAAUUUUUCAAAGAAAUGCACAAUUUAAGUGAUGAGAUAUGUUGUUUACGUCGAAAAAUGGAUUCAUGUGGAUUGGUUCUAUGUGGAUUAUGUGUCGGGCACCAACCGGUGACUGAUUAAAAAUAGAAUGUUAAUGAUGAUGAUGAUUUUUUGACUGGAGUUUUUUUUUUCCUAAAUGAUCGAUGCAAGUUCUAGAGAGAAAGGGUGUAGGGACGAUGGGCAAAAGAUGUGAUACGUCGCAACGACGACGUGACAGCCACGUGCCCUCAAGACUUGGUUGUUGCUACUUGCUAGUUGAAGCUCAAUAAUAGUUACUUACAACCUGAAAAAUCGAUUGUGAUAAACAGUGAAGAAAGUGCAAUAUCUUCGAAUUAAUAAACACUUGUUAGAAGGUUUACUCAAUAAGUAAAAAAAAGUAUAUAUGUUAAGCUUUUUUGUAGCUUAAUAUUCGAAAAUCGUCAAGAAGAAUAUUUAUCAGUCAUAUAGGAUAAUUAAUCUAAAAAUAGCUUUGAGUGAGACACGAACGUUCCUAUAUUGUAAAGGUCCUCUCUUCCGUCCUUGUAUUUGUCUAAUCGGAAGAAUAGUCUUCUUUCCCCUAACUUCCAUUAAAUGUUUCGUGUAGAUUUUAAGGCAUUUUCUUCUCCAUUUGUGUCUGGAAAUAAAUAGUGCAAAGUUAAAGUGUUGUGGUGCUACGUUUAAAAAAGUGACGUCUAAAAAAAACCACGUGGUCAAAACUUGAAACUAAUUUUCAGAACCUUAAACGGUUCGAAGAUUUUCUUGUGAAUAUAAAAAUUGAAAUUUAAAAACAAAAAAAACAAAAAAUAGUGUAUUUAGUGACAGCCCGGGGUUUGAAGAGACUGGUGGCGUCGUGGAGGGGGGAGUAAUGCCGGUGAGGGUGGCGCAACGCCCCCCAGGUGGAAUAAUCCACGCCGGUGCACCGGUAGCGCCAGGCUCAAUAGUGGGACCCGGAACAUCGGGCCGUUGCCUCGGAGGACCAACGCCAGUCGGUUCCCCCCCAUUGGGCCUGGGGGGUGGUACAGGCGGCGUAAACACGAACGCACCAAAUCCAUUACAAGCGAUGGCAUCAGCUGCUGCAUCGCUAACACAAUUGAAUAAUAUGGCAAAUGGGCCAUUACCACCAUUAGGCAGUGGACCAACGGGACCACCAAAUUUACCACCACCACAACCAGCAACAACACCAACACACGGUGGUCCUCCAACACCACAUCAAGGUGUAAGUGGACCACAUCUCAAUGGUGCAUCACCAAGUCCCCAUUCAAUGCCACCCCAUGGUAUGAUGAGUAGUUCACCUCACGCCUCACAUCCUCAUAUGGGUGGUGGUGGACCAUCACCUCAUCCACAUCAUCCUGGACCUCAUAUGGUUAGUUCACCUCAUCAUCCCGGUCCUCAUAUGGGUCCAGGCGGUAUGAUGGGACCUGGUAUGCAACCACAAGGUGGACCCGGGAUGUGUGCACCUGGUCCCGCUGGUCCAAUGGGACCACAUCCUCAUCCUCAAGGACCUGGCAUUCCAGGUCAACCGCCCAUGCCCAACGAUCCAUUCUACUGUACACCGUUUGGCUCGCCAUUCUACAGAUCGUUGCCUGUCCCCAGGAGGCACACACCAUUCAUGAACCAACCGGACUACCGACUCUAUGAGCUGAACAAGAGGUUACAGCAACGCACCGAGGAGAGCGAUAAUCUUUGGUGGGAUGCAUUUGCGACUGAAUUUUUUGAAGAGGAUGCAACUCUUACUCUUGCGUUUUGUUUGGAGGAUGGACCGAAAAGAUACUCUAUAGGAAGAACAUUAAUACCAAGGUAUUUUCGUUCGAUAUUUGAGGGUGGUGUGACGGAACUUUACUAUAAUAUGAAGCAUCCGAAGGAAUCGUUUCACAAUACAAGUAUAACAUUAGACUGUGAUCACUGCGUUAUGGUCACGCAUCAUGCGAAACCAAUGUUCACAAAGGUGUGUACCGAGGGUAGGCUAGUUCUUGAAUUUACUUAUGACGAUCUCAUGAGGAUAAAGUCGUGGCAUAUGACGGUGAGAGCACAUCGGGAAUUCGUACCUAGAUCUAUGGUUGGAAUGCAUUCGCAACAACAGGACCCGGCGUUAUUAGAUCAAAUUAGUAAAAACAUCACGAGGCAAGGGAUAACUAAUUCCACCCUCAAUUAUCUUAGGUUAUGCGUGAUUCUAGAACCAAUGCAGGAGCUUAUGUCGAGGCACAAAGCGUACGCAUUGUCGCCACGAGAUUGUUUGAAGACAACCCUGUUCCAGAAGUGGCAGAGGAUGGUUGCCCCGCCGGGUAAGAGAGAGUCCCAAAGACCAGCAAGUAAAAGAAGAAAGCGAAAAGGUAGUACGUCGGGACCGGGAAAUAAUGCGCCUCCAGUUCCCAGUAAAAAACGAUCUCCGGGUCCAAAUUUCUCCCUAGCGUCUCAGGACGUGAUGGUAGUGGGUGAACCAUCGUUGAUGGGCGGUGAAUUUGGCGAUGAGGAUGAACGACUAAUUACAAGGCUGGAGAACACACAAUAUGACGCGGCCAAUAGUUUAGAUCCUCAUAGUCACGAUACUCCGGGUGGACCACCUCCACAUCCGCACCAAUUCCAUUCUGAACCUACACCUGGCAAUUCUUGGCCACCGGAUCGUGGUCCAGGUCCUCCACAGGGAGGUCCCGGUAGUCAGGGAGUCCAGGGUUCUCAAGGUGGACAGGGUGCAGGGAUACAGGGAUCACAGGACACGAGUCAGCAACAGCAAGACAAGAAGAGCCCCGCUGUGAGCCAGUGAGGCCAGGAGUCCCCGCGCCCCCCCACCAGGGGGCGUCGGGGGCGCAGGCCCAAAAAUGUGGCUCCCUAGCGGGGCGAGAAUACUAACCUCCCCAACUCCUAUUUGGCCAGCUCAUCAUCUUCUUCCUCAGCUGCUCGAUUGUCGCAGAUCGGCGUUCUACCUCUAAAUUGUCAACCUGCACUUUCUGGUCUUCGUCCAGAGCAGCAGCAGCAACAGCAUCAUCACGCACAACUGAGUCAUGUUUCUUCCAUGGGGAUGGAUUCAUUGGAGCUCUUAGCGGCCCAUCAUCAGGCUCAGCAACAGCAGCGACAAUUAUUAACAGCAGCUGAUCAUUCAGGAGCAUCGGGCUCAAUGCUGUCAACGACUGCUCAGCCUACUGGUGGAGGUUUGACGCAGCCGCUUCAGCAAGCUCAAUCAGGACAAACUCAAAGUCAGGAUCCACUGCAGAGUAUGGUACAGCAACUUGUCUGUUUGACGCAGCUGCAACAGCUCCAAUUUCUUUUGACACAGAGUGGUCAUAUGUAAGAAAAAGGAAUAUAUAUAUAUUAAUUCACUAAAGCGGUGAAAAAAAAUAAAGAAAACACAGGAGUUUGGGAGUUAGGCAAUACAUUUGUGCAGGAUAAGCUAGUUUACAAGGCUGAGGAAUCAGAAGAUAAAAAAAAAAGUGCUCGAUCCACUUGAACUCGCAAUAUUUUACUCGAUUUAGUGAAAACAAAAGAAAAAAGAACCCGCGACAGUGAGAUCAAGCGUGUGAUAAAUCGAAUGUAGGGAAGAAAACAAAAACUCUUGCACUAAAUAGAAACGCUAUAAAGGAAGAUUGUAAGCCACGCGCGAUAAUAAAAAAAAAAUAUAUGAUCGACACUCGGCCGUGGAUCUGUGAAUGAAUCUCUAUCCGUCAACAGUAUUGAUAUAAUUAAUAGAGUAAAUGAAUAUAAUACUUUAAGAAGUUUUUAAUUAUAAGUACGUACUGUGCAAAGCGUAUGCAAGUGACGAGAAACGUGUGAAAGAAUGGAUAUCGAGAUGACACAAGACUCAGGAGGUGUGUAAAAAAAAAAAAAAUUUCUUCUUUUAUUUUUAAUAUUUAAUGAAGCACAAGAGUUAAAACGGUUGUGUGCUCGAGUGUGAGUUUACGUUAAACUAUCAUAAUUUUUUAUCACAAGUACGCACAAAAGUACAGUUUUAUGAAAUGCUCUAGAGUGGCAGGAAACAGUGUUCUUUUUUUUUCUUUUUAUUUAUACAAAAUUGAUUUAAUGAGUACGAAAAGUUUGAAGAUUUAAAAUUAUGAAAAAGUUACUUUUAUUAACAAUUGAGACUGAAAAAUAAUUAUUUACAAAAAAAGGAAAAAACAAAUUUAUUAAAGGGAAAUAUUCUCAAUUUUACAUUGACAAGUUUUUUUUAAAAAAAAUUUUUAAAUAAUAAGUACUUUCAAAAACUGUUUAAUCAUUUUUUUCGGUCUUUUAAUUAUUGUUAUUUAAUUUAUAAUUUUUGAAAUUAAAUACAUAGAUAAAAAGUCGAAAAAUAUGUCAACAAUUGCAAAGAAGACAAAAAGAUUUUUACUAUUUCUCUUGUUCAAGGGCAAAAUUCAACAAUUUUGCCAUUGAAUGACAAGAAAAAUAUCUCUUUGUUUUCCAAGCAAAUGAAUUUUUUUUUUUUAUCAGAUUGCAUUUUUUUAAAAACUAUUUCUCUAUUUGAAUGAUCAGGGUGAAAAAUGGAUGAAUCCUUUUUUUUCAAAGAUUUCUACUCGAAAUUAAUUAAAAUGAAAAGUAAAAAAUUAUAUUAAUGAAAAUUGAAUUAAAUUCAUAUAAAUCGAAUAAGCCUAUUAUAUAGUUAAUAAAAAAAAAAAGAAUUAAAAAUAAAAUUAAUUAAAUUUAAAAUAAAAUUAACUAAAUUAAGAUAAAUGAUAAUUGGGAUUUAUUAAAAAAAAAAAAACUUUUUUAAUAUUUAUUUAUUUGUUUAAAAAUUAAGUAAUUUAAUUUAUUAAGAUUGAAAGAUUUUUUUUCUUAGUUUUUUAAUUAUGUAAAAUAUUCGUAUUAUUAUUGUAUGAAAUUUAAUUUCUAAAAUUAAAAAGUUUUGUAUAAAUUGAGGGUAUAUUCGUUUUUUAUUUAGCAAUUUUUUUUUGUUUCUUUUGAAAAUAUUUCUUGUUUCGUGCCACUCUUUUUGCAAAACGAUGUGAAAUAAAUAAAUUCGUAUAGGCAAUUAUCAAUUCACGCAUUUGAAUGUGCGGGUGUACAAAUUUUUCUACACGCUAUAUUGUAAACAAAGGAAAUACACACACAAAAAAAAAACAAUACACACAUUUUUUACUCUCUAUCUCUCUCUCUUCUUUAGUAAUGAAUCCGUGAAAAAUAUAUAUAGAUAACAAACUUAUUCAAAUCACGAACUUUUUAAUCGCCCUUUUAGACACUUUUCUGUUUGAAAUCAAUUUAAAAAAAAAUUACUUUCCGAUAAUUUUUGAAACGUUUCAAAUACUUUUCUUUUAUGAAUUUCGAAUUUCUUAAUUUUUAAUUUGAAGACAAUUUUUUCAGAUGUAAAAAAUUUUUAUUAACGAUUUUAUUUUUUUUAUUUAAAAUAAAAAAUGCCGUGAAUUUUCUUUUAUGAUUAAUUAAUUUAAAUAAAAUUUCGAAAUUUUAUUUAAUUUAAUUUUUCUUGAUUUUCAAUUUUUUUUUUGAACUUUUUUAAUUUCGUGAAAGUUUUCAGUUUAUUUUUCAAAUGUUUUCAUUUUUUUUUUCUUUAUGAAAUUUUUCUAUUCAUGAAUAAAUUUCAAUUUCGGAUUUUUUUUUACAAAAAUGUCACGAGGUUAGUGUUUUUUUUUUUUUUUUUUUUUACUAUUUUGAUUGAGAUUUGUACAGGAAAGUGUCUUUUAAUUAUUAUGUAUAAAGAAAGAUUAUACACUAUUUAUAAAAAAAGAAAAGGAAACAAAUGUAGUGUAAUGAUACAAAAAAGAUGAAAGAAAGAAAAUUACAGAAACACAAACAUAACAAAAUUGCGAGAACGUAUUGUGUUCGCACGACGUGUGGAACUCGCAAAAGUUACACGUACAUUAAUCAAGCAUUAGUUCAAUAAGCCACGCGUGAAGCCAGUACAGUCCCACAGCGCGUGUUUGUAAUGUAUGAAAGAAUAGCGAAGAAUGUUUUAUGCAUGAAUCUGCCCGUGUGUAUAACGUGUGAGAAGAAAACAAAAAACAAAAAAAAAAAAAAAUUAAAAAGUCUCUCGCGGACUUUAACACAAGCAUGCAGUGGGGUUUUUAGGAUAAAUGAUUUAUUGAAAAAAUGUUGUAUAUUAUUACCAAUUAUAAUGACAACUAUUAUAAUUAACUAAUAUACCCUAAUAAUGUGAAUUGAAUUUAAACGACAAAAAAUACAUGAACGAUAAGUAAAUAGGAAAUUUUUAAUUGUUAGCAAAGCACACGAAGUCGCCGUUUUAAAACAGACUCGGUCGAAAUCGCAUUAGCCAAUCGAUCCGCUCAAAGAAAGAAAGAAAAAUAAUAAUAAUAAUGAAAAAAAAAAAGUUAAUAUCGAUGGAGGAUGGAGCAUGAAAAAAAAAAUUAGCUAAAGAAUAAAAAGAAAAAAAUUAAAAAAAAAAAAUUACGACGAAUAAAAGAUAAUGAUAAAAAUUUAAAAAAAGAUACAGAAACGAAAAUUAUAAAAAAAAAAAAACAUUUAAAAAAAGUGCAUUAUCAACGUCGAAGAAUGACUCGUGCGCCUUGCACAAAAAAAAAGAGUUGUUAUAAUUGGAACUUGUGAUGGUUCGUAAAUUAUUGUAAAUCAUGAACAACAAUUUCGUGCGCCGUCAUCUAUAUUAUUGUAAAUAAAUGAGUAUAAAUUAUU